CCCUUUGUGCUCCCCCCUUCUCCUCCCCCCAGGGUCCUAUAAAUAGGCCCAGCCCGGGCUGUGGCUCAGCUCUCGGAGGGAGGCAAGCACCAGGCAGCGGUCUCCAGCCAAGCCCCCUGCCAGCAUGGCCAGCGAGUUCAAGAAGAAGCUCUUUUGGAGGGCAGUGGUGGCUGAGUUCCUGGCCAUGACCCUCUUCAUCUUCAUCAGCAUCGGUUCUGCCCUGGGCUUCCAGUACCCGAUAAGGAGCAACCAGACGACAGGUGCCGUCCAGGAUAAUGUGAAGGUGUCCCUGGCCUUUGGGCUGAGCAUUGCCACGCUGGCCCAGAGCGUGGGCCACAUCAGCGGAGCCCACCUCAACCCGGCUGUCACGCUGGGGCUCCUGCUCAGCUGCCAGAUAAGUGUCCUCCGGGCUGUCAUGUACAUCAUAGCCCAGUGCGUGGGGGCGAUCGUCGCCACUGCCAUCCUUUCGGGCAUUACCUCCUCCCUGCCCAACAACUCGCUUGGCCUAAACGCGCUGGCCCCUGGCGUGAACACGGGCCAGGGGCUGGGCAUCGAGAUCAUCGCCACCCUGCAGCUGGUGCUGUGCGUGCUCGCCACCACGGACCGGAGGCGCCGGGACCUCGGGGGCUCGGCGCCACUCGCCAUCGGCCUCUCUGUGGCCCUGGGGCACCUGCUGGCCAUCGACUACACAGGCUGCAGUAUUAACCCAGCCCGGUCCUUCGGCUCCGCGGUGAUCACGCACAACUUCCAGGACCACUGGAUUUUCUGGGUGGGGCCGUUCAUCGGAGGAGCCCUGGCCGUGCUCAUCUAUGACUUCAUCCUGGCUCCGCGGAGCAGCGACCUCACAGACCGCGUGAAGGUGUGGACCAGCGGUCAGGUGGAGGAGUACGACUUGGAUGCCGACGACAUCAAUUCCAGGGUGGAGAUGAAGCCCAAAUAAGGGGGCCUGGCCCAGGCAUCCAUGUUGGGGGGGCAGGGGCGGGUG